CACAAAACGCCACUGCUUUGUUUCUUUCCCUUUUACCACAGCCACAACACACACACUCUCUCUCUCUCUCUAAAAUAAUGAAUCUCUCACUCAUUCGAGUCGAUCGUUUUGGGGGUUUCGCUUGGAAACCUGUGUAAAGCACUGAACAGAGAGAGUGUUAAGAGACCAAGGGUCUAAACCUAGUUAGCUAACCUGCUUUGGGAAGUUUCUGCGACCAAAUAAAGUUCAUUAGUCGAGCUUGUCAGUAAUAAGAAUAUGAAGCGCAAGCGUGGAGGUGGGAAACGCAAAUCAAAAUUGGCUCCUGUGGUGGGUGCAAAAGAGGCAGUUCCAAACAUUGUCAGUCUAAAUACUCAAGAUGACUUGGUUCCAGAUGAUUUUGACAAUGCUGAAUUUGACUCUAGAAUGGAGGUUGAAACACCACAAACUGGCGGCCGCAGUAGGCAGCAAGCAAAUUUACAAAAACAAAAAGUAAUUGAUGCAACAAUGGGAGAUAGUAUGAGCUCAUCUCCCGAAAUGAGUGUAGCUGUUUCUGCUAAUCUUUCGAAGAAAGCUAGGAGCAUAAUGACAAAAUCAUCAAGGGGUUUUGUUGCAUCAAGUAUAGAACCAGGUAGCAAUGCAGAACAGGUGCAGAAUGGAAGGACGCAUCAAAAAGAAGCAAACUCGCUUCAUCAGGAUCCUCAAUACGAAAAGCAGGAAUUAAAAGCCGCCCUGGAGGUCAUUAAGAAGGUUAUGAAAAUGGAUGCUGCUGAGCCCUUCAAUGUUCCAGUGGAUCCUGUUGCCCUGGCAAUACCUCAGGAUUAUUUUGAUAUCAUUGAUACACCUAUGGAUUUUGGUACAAUAUGUAGCAAUAUUGAAAAUGGUGUUAAGUACAAGAAUUCGAAGGAUGUUUUAAGGGAUGUGCAAUAUAUCUGGGAUAACUGUUAUAAGUAUAAUAAAAAAGGUCAUUAUAUUUUGGAGCUCAUGAAGCGGGUGAAGAAGAACUUCACAAAAUCUUGGACAGAAGCUGGGUUAUACAGGGAACAACAACAGGAGAUUGAUGGACAUUCAGAUGUACCUCCUACGAAGUCUACUAUGAGCUGCAGCAUACAUGGGCAUAGGAGCCCAGUGGGUUCUAUGAUUGACCAUGCCAGACAUCAGCAGCAGGAUCACGCAGACCCGAGCGGAGUUCAUCCCCAUCAGCCCUCAUUGAGGUACAGCCAAUCAUAUCAUCCCCAGCAGAGGCCUUGCCAGUGUCAACUGAGCUCUGAUCAGCACCACACUUGUCAGCCUAAGGCUGGCACAAAUGGUGUUAGUGCAGGACAUUCACACUUACUUCCUCCUAUAGAGUCUACCAUGAGACGAAGUCCACGUGGGCAUAAGUCUCUUGUGGGUUCCAUGGCUGACAACCCAAGCCGCUCGCAGAAGAAUCAGAUUAGCAUGAGCCAACCACAACUUCAUCAGCAUCAGCCCUCAGUGAGCUGCAUUCAUCCAUAUCAAACCCAGGAAAGAUCUUGCCAGUGCCCACCGGGCUCUGGGCUGCAGCAGCCAUUUGUUGGUACAAAUAUUGCUAAUGCAGGAGAUGUCUACUCAUCACCUCCUGAGGUGUCCAUGAUAAGGUGCACCAAACGUGGACCUAGGUGCUCAAUUGGACCUAUGACUGACCACAUCAGCCACAAGCAGCAAGAUCCGAUACCCCAAAGCCAUAUGCAGCCACAUCAACCCUCAUCUAGUUGCGUUCAUGAACAUCAUCCCCAGCACGGAACUUGCCAAGGUCAUCUGAGCUCCAGCCAGUUGCAUCCCAGCUUUGACCAGCCACAACCUUCCCAGCCACAUGCUGCUGGUGCGGAAAUGAGUAGUGAAGGAGACUUCUACUCAUGGCCUCCUGAGGUGUCCAUACUAGGGUGCACCAAAAAUGGGCCUGGUUGCCCAAUUGGAUCUAUGGCUGACUGUGUCAGCCACAAGCAGCAGGAUCAGAUAACCCCAAGGCAUAUGCAGCCACAUCAACCCUCAUCUAGUUACAUUCAGGAACAUCACCAGCACGGGUCUUGCCGGGGUCAACUGAUCUCUAGCCAGUUGCAUCCUAGAUUUGAGCCGCCACAACCUUCCCAGCCACAUGCUGCUGGUGCUGAAACGAGUAGCGCAGAAGAACAAUCAACGCCUCCUACAGAAUCCAUAGUAAGGUGCACCAAACGUGGGCCUAGGUUCCCCGUGGGUCCUAUGAUUGACUACAUUAGCCACAUAGCCCCAAUCCAAAUGCAGCCCCAGCAGGGGACUUGUCAGGGCAAUCCGAGCUCUAGCCAGCCACAGCCUUCUCUUCCACUAGCUGGCAUUGAUAUGGGUAGUGCAGAUUCUACUAGCAUUAAGAGGAAGACUCGUGGUCGUGGCCCAACACGGUGCCUCGAUGUAUGGAAUACGGAAGACAAGAUACCUAUUGCCACCAAUGCGCUUGGGCAGCCCAUUGGCCUUGAGGCUCCCAAACUAGUUAACUUCCUUGGCACCAUGGCACGAAAUGGUCAUUUAGCGCCCCUUAAUUAUGUUGAUUGGCGGGCAUUUCCCGAUGAGAACAAGGAGAAAAUGUGGCAACAAGUUCAGGAAAAGUUUGAUAUUGACCCAAACAGUGAAAGUUGGGUCUUGAAGUCCAUUGGCAAUAAAUGGAAGAACUGGAAGGCUCUGUUAAAGGCUAAUCAUUAUAAUCGUCACACUACCGAUGAGGAGCGGCUGGCAGACCGUGAUGAGAGGGUCCUUCCGGAUCAGUGGCGGAUUCUAAUUUCAUUUUGGAACUCCAAAGAGGCACAGGAGCGAAGUGUUACAAAUAAGGCCAGUCGCGCACAGCAGAAGACAAUGCACACAACAGGCACAAAGAGCUUCGCUCGAGUGCGUGAAGAGCAGCGUGAGAAAAGGCCUGAUGGGAAGGAGCCAUCCCGGGCAGAGCUAUUCAUACUGACACGUACACGCAAAGAUGGGCACCCUGUGAAUGAGGCAUCAUCAGUAAUAAUUUCGCAACUUCGCGAAAAAGCUUCUCAACAGCGGGGGACCUCACAAAAUGGUAUUGUUGAAGAUGAUGUCUUCGCUGAAGUUGUGGGACAAGAUAGACAUGGUCGUGUGCGUUAUUUGUUGGGUCCUUCCCCAUCUGAUCUUGGAGGUCCAAAACCAAGUCGUGCUGAAGCCAUUAGAAUGGUCUCGGAGGCUAAUGUAGAGGUACGUGAGUUGAAAAACAAAAUGUCGUCCAUGGAGCAGACGUGUGCACAGAUGGCAGCUCAAAUGACUACCAUGAUGUCGAUGAUGUCGACCAUGCAGAAGAAGUCCCCUGAGAAGCAUUUGCCUAAUGCAGUAGGUUCACUGCCUGAGCCUUUGAAUGCUGAACAGGUUGCAGAUGUCUCUAUCAAUUCUGAGGGGUCACAAGAAGUGCAGGUACAUUCAUCAUCUGUUCGCCAGGGUGCUCCAUCUCUUCAGAAAACUGCAACGAAAAGAGGAAGGAAGCCGAAUAAAAAUGUUGCAAAGGUGACACGCAAAAGGAGGUGAUGUUCGGUGGAUUGAAUUUCUUAUUAGUGGAAAUGUAGUGAUCUUGGAUUCCGGUCUUAGACAUAUAAUAUACUAUUAUUUGUGGUAGUUGUUCAAGAUGUUCUGUGUUUGAAGAUUUAAACUUUCUGGUUGUGAAUGUGAAAUGAUGUGGAUUUAUGAAUGAUGAAACAAGUUAUUAGUAUUAUAUAUGGAUGGUUUGUACAGAUGAUACAAUCCUGAUGUGGUCUGGUGGACUUGUGGCAUAUCCUAAAACUGGUUUGUGAA